CAAACUAACAUUUCAAGAACUCCUCACAGCCAGUCGAUUUGAGAUUGGACCAGAUCGAGGCAGUUUGCUAGUGAGGGAUAUGAUUGCCUUUUUUCGUGCAUUAUUGGCCCUGGCCAUUGCACUUCCAAAAGUGAUUGGUUCUGGCCGAAUUGAUCUGAAUGAAGCUCCCUGGAUGGUCAAAAGUGUCUCUCAGAAUAUUGAGAUACCGGCAAAGGGAAUUCCAGGAGGGAUCUACUCGGAUUUGCGCCAUUCUGGCAUUUUGACUUCCGAUUUUUAUUAUCGUUUCAAUGACCAAGAGUACAGAUGGGUUUCGUAUGAAAACUGGACAUAUUCUGCAGAAUUUGUGGUGGAUCAAGAUACACUAAAUCACGAUUUCAUCGUGUUGGAUUGCAAAGGAGUUGACACAGUUUCAACCAUCAUGAUAAACGAUCAGCUCGUUGGGGAAACCAACAACAUGUUUGUUCGGUACUCGUUUGACGUCAAGGAGUUUCUCAAACUGGGGAAUAAUGAAAUCAGAAUCGAAUUCAAGUCUCCCGUUGAGCAUGCCAAGAAUAUGUUUCAAGAACAGGCUGAGACCUAUGUGGUUCCACCGGAAUGCGUGGCUCCUCAAUUUCAAGGAGAAUGUCAUGCCAAUCACAUUCGAAAGAUGCAAAGUUCGUUUAGUUGGGAUUGGGGACCGGCGUUUCCGUCGAUGGGGAUUUGGCAGGAUAUCGCCAUUGAUGCCCACAACUCUGCUGUUCUUCGAUACUUGUACUUCAACCCGACUCAGAAUGUCAACGGAGAUUGGGAUAUUCCCAUUGACGCAAUCUUUGAAAUCGAUCCCGUGCAUCCAAUCGUUAGUGGAACACUCAAAGUGACGUUUCAGGGUAAAACUGAGGAGUUCCAAGGAACUGUGUUACCCUCCGUGGAGGAGAAUAAAAUUGGAGCACUCUCCAUUGUGAUCCAGAGAGACGGCGUCGACGUCGAUCUUUGGUGGCCAAAUGGCUAUGGAGACCAAGUAUUGUACGACCUUACAGUAGAAUUUACCGACGACCAAUCCAUGGACACUUCUUCCAUUACGAGGAGGGUUGGCUUCAGAACGGUAGAAGUGGUUCAAGCGCCCGUGGAUCAAGGGCGAACUUUCAAAUUUCGCGUCAAUGGUCAAGACUUGUUCAUGAAAGGGUCCAAUUGGAUUCCAGCCCAUGUUUUACCAGAGCUAGUCACUCCUGAUUACACGAGAAACCUUUUGCAUUCGGCCAAAGAGGCUCACAUGAAUAUGCUCAGAGUUUGGGGAGGCGGGAUUUAUGAAUCGGAUGUAUUCUACGAUCUGGCGGAUGAAUAUGGCAUUUUGAUUUGGCAAGAUUUCAUGUUCGCUUGCUCCAUGUACCAAGCCACAGACGAAGUCUUAAAAUCCGUCCAACAGGAAGUCCGAACCCAGGUACGACGACUUCAAACCCAUCCAAGUAUCGCUCUUUGGGCUGGAAAUAACGAAAACGAAGCCGCUUUACGUGGAAAUUGGUAUGGAACGGAUGCUGAUUUCCAACAUUACAAGGCGGAUUACGUGAAGCUGUACGUCGACACGGUGAAAGCAGCUACUAAUGAAUUGGAUUUGGGGAGAGAUUUCUUGGUCUCAAGUCCGAGUAACGCAGACAAAAGUGAAGAGGACGGUUAUAUUGCUCAAAACCCAUACAGCAGCAUCUAUGGCGACACCCAUUAUUACAACUACAACCUGGACACAUGGGACUACAAGAUCUAUCCAAAGACCCGAUUUGCGUCCGAGUACGGAUUUCAAUCUUUCCCAUCCUUUGAGGUGCUCAAGCCCUAUUCUGAGCCCUUUGAUUGGAAUUUCUAUUCGGAUUUUGUCAACAAUCGCCAACGUCAUCCGGGGGGAAAUGAAGAAAUACCCUGGCAAAUUCAUCUCCACAUGGAACUCCCUGAAAAUGAAUUGGAUACCAGAGCUGGAUUUGAGGAGUUCCUUUAUCAGGCUCAAGUCAAUCAAGCCGAGUCUUUGAGAGUAGAGACAGAACAUUACAGACGCAUGAUGACCCAAUAUUCAAAUCAAACUGGCGAAGGCCUAACAAUGGGUACCCUUUAUUGGCAACUGAACGAUAUUUGGCCUGGAGCAUCUUGGACCACACUGGAACAUGGAGGGAAGUGGAAAAUAUCCCAUUACUUUGCAGAACAAAUGUUCAGAGACAUCUUGAUCUCGCCAAUAAGGAACACCGACAAUAACCAAUUGGAAGUGUUUGUCAUAUCAGACAAAUUAUCCGACUUUCCCCUCUCUGGCACUAUCAUUGUGGAGGUGAAACGAUGGAACAACUUUAACGAAACAUUCCACAUGUCUCAAGCUAUUGAUGCAAUUCCUGCAAUGAGCGUGGAAAAAGUUAUAUCAAUGGACAUGAACGAGAUCCUAUCCAAUGGUGGUUGUCACGCCGGAGAUCCAAGCGAACCUGGAGAAAACAAAAGACUCGAAUAUUGCCUCAUCACAACCACGCUCAGAGAUACCGACGGGAACAUCAUUAGUCAAGGCCAUGUCAGGCCCUAUCCCAAAGAUGCGAUUGGUCUGAUCGUGCCUGAAAUAGCUAUCCAGUCCGUCACUAAACUGGGAUCUUGUCAAGACGAUUAUUACGAUACUUGUUGGUCUCUGGACAUUGGAACAGACGCCAUCGCCCUCUUUGUCUGGUUGGAAGCUGAAGGUCUUGAUGGACGAUUUGACGCCAAUGGUUUCCUAAUGGACUCACCCAAUCGGCGAAUCCAGUUUUUCUGCCAAACACCGAAUGUUUCCGAAAGCCAAGUAAUGAGUAGCCUUCGAGUACGGUCCUACAAGAACAGCCGGGUGGUUUCCAACCAGGAUUCCAAUACUUACGAUGGACAACGGCGAUACCACACUAUGCAAGAGCUUAUUAAUCAUUUUCGCAAAUAGAUCGGACUUGUGCCUUAAA